UGCAAACAGCAACAAGGAGAAAAUCAGUCCCAAUGUAGAAAAAAGCAUUUACUAUUGGCCUUGGAGGAGGUUUUACCAAGGAUUUAUGUAUCUUGUGUAGACCUGAUAUAUUAGGAAUCUUAGGAAAAUCUACCAAAAAGUAGUUGUAUAAAUCCUUAGAAAUAAUGAUAGUCUGUAAUCUGUAAUAAAUGAAACAAACCAUUCUUCACAUUGACAAUCUCACUUUUUUCAUGUUCACAAAAGUAGUUUCAUCUAACCAACAUAUUCAUAGUUUCCACAUAUGUAGAAUAGUCUAGCACCAGUACUGCGCCUCCUUCGUCUGCAGAUUUUAUAACAAUUUCCACAGCAUGAUUUUAAAUUUAUGGUUUGGGAUAUUUAUACUCCUGUACCUAGAGGUGGUGAUAUAAAGAAUGCCACAGAAGUUAGAGACUCGCUGGAUAUCAGACUGAUUUUAUAUUUUGGUAUUGAUCUGAUGAAGGAGGCAUCUCAAAGCGUUUAUCUGUUUAUUGUCUGUUAAAUAUAUGUGCUUUGCCGUGGUUGUCCCAUUGUUGUUUCUCAUGUAUUUUAACCUGCAUGGGUAUUCUCGUCAGACUAUUUUGCAUGCAUAUUCUUGUUUUUGUUUCCAUAAUGAGUCAUCCCUUUUUUGUUUUCACCUAAUGAGUGGAUAAAGUUUUAAUCAUGUGAGACUGCUGGUUGAUUUGGACCUUCUGUGGCCACAGCAUGUGCACUGGACCUUCUGUGGCCACAGCCUGUGUAGCAGAAUUGGUGUGUGCAUCACGCUGAAGAGUUGGUUAUUUAACUUUCACUGAAAAAAGUGGUGGCAUGUAGUUUGCCUUCUGUGCUGUGAACAUGAAGCCAUGGUACCUAAAGAAAACCAGAAUAGGAGCCAACCAUGUAUCCUCAGUAACAUACAAAGUAUGUUUGUGCAUGUGUUUUAUCCUGUGUAAGAUGCAGGUAAAAUAGAUAGAUGCAUACAGUACAGGACCAAACCAGGUAAAGUCAGUGUUGUAAAUACAAGUAGCCAGUCGGAAGUUUUAUAUGUCUAGGAAUGUGCAACAUUUCAGGAGUACCUUAUGUACAUCAGUCUUCAGUUAGUUUGGAUUGUUCAUAGUGACACACUGUUAAGAAAUGCUUGGGCACAUGUAUUUAGAAAGGAUACUGGAGCAGAUACAUUUAUAGUUUGGGGAAGCUAACACAGUUGCUGCAGUUCGCUUUGUUUCAUGUUAACUUCACAUGGUCCUUCUGUGGACAGUGUUUUGUGUAACACGUUUAAAAUUCUGUGAAUGGGACAGAGAUUCUCAAGGAGGUCAGUAAAGUGGAUCUGGCUUUUUUUAAAACCACAUUCUCUGGUUGUUUUAUAGUGGGAAAGAUCUGCUGCUUAGUUUUUGACUCAUCGGUGGACUGAUGAGAUGUACUGACAUGGUAAUGUUCUUUUGGGCUGUGAUCAUGCCUGUCUGUUAGUGAUGAAAGUGUGGUCUUCGUCUGGUACAGUUAAUCUUGUUUUUUGAGGAGAUCAUAAUCAAAAAAGAUGAAAUAUUCUGUGUUUUUAUAUAUAAAGGGAUGAUGACCAUACUACCUUUGCAUAUGGAGAGAUGUCAGACAUUGUCUUUGGAGUAUUAAACAAGUUGUAUAAUUUCCCUUCAGAAUGACUCGGAUAAACAUUAAUAGGUUAGUAACACUGGUAGAACUAAAACAGUGCCUUAAAAUACUCCAGUACCAACCUUUUCAAAGAAAAAUGAAAUAUGCAGUAGCCAGUAGUUUUCAUUAAGAAAGGAAACCUAAGUUUGUAGAAAUUUCUGCAAGUCUGUGCUAUACAACCCUUUACUUUAUCAGUGACUACAAACGACAUGAGUAGUUUGUAUACGCUGUUCAUUGUUAAUGUGCGUGUGUGUGGUCUUGAAAGCUGACCUGUAUAAUGGCUGUACUUGGGAAUAUUCAUUCUGGAGCCCACUUCUUACUACGACUGAUUAUACUAUAUCGAACUAUAUUCAAAGCGGCAUUGUUGUCAUGACUCCGCGGUGUUGUGCACAUCAUUGUUGUCAUGACUCCGCGGUGUUGUGCACAUCAUGUAUGAUCAGAUUUGGUAUUGCAAUUUGUACUUCUACAUGCAAAAUACUGUUACUCUCGGGUCAUGGCUGAAAAGGUUCUGUAGACCAAGCACCCCCCAACCUGGUUAACAAAGUACGAUUUAUCUUUUGUCUGUUCUCGAUGUUUCUGAGGUCGUGUUGAAAAUCAUCAAGCCUAAAGAAUGGGUUCUUCUACAGAAGCUUACGUCCGAGAGUUCACAAGGCACUCCAGAGAUGUCCUGUUGAACCUUAAUGAACUCCGCAAGCGUGGAAUAUUGACAGAUGUUACCCUUUUUGUGGGUGGGAAGCAGUUUAAAGCACACAAAGCCGUGCUGAUCGCAUGCAGCCGCUUUUUCUACUCUGUCUUCUCGGACUGUGAUCAGGGCACUGUAAAUAUUCUCAGGCUGCCUGGUGGGAUCCAGGCAGAUGGAUUCCAGGUAUUGCUGGAAUUCAUAUACACUUCUCGCCUUCUUCUCUGUGCUGACCUGGUUGAUUCUGUCCUGGCAGCAGCCAACUACCUGCAGAUGGAGCAUGUCAUUGAGACUUGCUACAGGUUCAUUCAGACUAGCAAUGAAAACCUUUACUUAAAGCCUGUGGGAGUCAAAUUCCCUGUUGGACUUUUGCCACCACAAUCCUUAUCUAGCUGGAAACCCCUUCCAUGUGAUGUAGACGUUGCACCAGCUUGCCCAAAUGGGUUGGGCCCAGCUGGAAUAUACAUUCAAAGAUCUGUUGUUCAGAUACCACCCCCAGCAGGAGUGCCACCAAAUGGGUACUAUCAUCAGUCCCUGACUCCUUUCCAAGAAAGCACAGCUCUCCCUGUUAAAUCACUAGAAAGUGAAAUGCAAGAGCCAAGUGCUUUAUAUUCCAGCCAGAGUCUGCACACCCUCGAUGAGCACCAGUCCGUUCUUAGGAGUUCACGUUAUGACCCCAAACCUGUUCAUACUACAGCUGUACUGCAUAGCCCAGUGAAGGAACAAUCCGGAAUGACUGGAGGGUCACGUGAAACCAAAACCCCACAAAGUGAUGAGAAGACAGAGGAAGAAAAAGCUUGCAGAAAGGAAAAUUAUGCCCUGGUGAAUCGUGUGUCACCCAUUGCUACACCUGACAGCCCAAUGCGCUCAGAGGGAUUGGCGAAUUCUCCAACAGAGUCCAGCAGCUGCGGAAAUGUGUCUUUAAGCCGUGAUCCUGAUACCAUCCACAAGACACCGACCAGCCCAGACCCUAAAGCCUGCAACUGGAAGAAAUACAAAUUCAUUGUUUUGAACUCUCUAAACCAAAGUUUGAAGGAAGGAAGUGAAUCUGACUCUGGGAGCAGCACCCCUCCAAGACCGUCCCAGGGUAGAGAGAUUACAAGAAGGGAUGAUGAGGAUGACAUGACACAUGAGACAGAAAGUCCUCAAAGCAGCCCUCUUAGUCAUCUGGAUGAAAGCCUUUCUCCACCGCCACCACCCCACUGCGAUGGAAUACUUCAGCCCUCCUGUAAUAUAUGCGGACAGAACUUUGAGCUCACUUCUGAGUUGCAUCAUCACAUGGUGUUGUCUCAUCCAGGGGAGGAUGUGUCCGGGUAUUCCCCCGCGCUUUCUGACAGAUUAGAAAAUGGUGUGUUCCGUUGCACCACUUGUGAGCUUCGAUUCUCCGAAGAGGAGGCCCUGCAACAUCAUUGCCUGCAAGUGCACAGUGAUGACAAGCCAUACAAGUGUGACAUGUGUCAUGCUGCCUUUCGCUACAAGGGCAACCUGGCUAGCCACAAGACUGUCCACACAGGUGAGAAGCCAUACAGAUGCACUGUCUGUGGAGCUCAGUUUAACAGGCCAGCCAACUUGAAAACUCAUGCACGCAUCCACUCUGGUGAGAAGCCCUACAAAUGCGAAACAUGUGGAGCCAGAUUUGUUCAGGUUGCUCAUCUUCGGGCGCAUGUGCUUAUCCACACGGGGGAAAAGCCAUAUCCCUGUGAAACCUGUGGAACAUGCUUUCGUCACCUGCAAACACUCAAAAGUCACAUUCGGAUUCAUACUGGGGAAAAACCUUACCAUUGUGAAAAGUGUGACCUGCAUUUCCGCCACAAAAGCCAGUUGCGACUGCAUUUGCGACAGAAGCAUGGUGCUAUUACAAAUACAAAGAUCCGCUAUAAGGUGUUUGCUGAUCAUUGUAUCCCACCUAUGGGAUCCUGCUGAAAGCUCAAUUGCGUUCCUCUUCACCUGAACUCUGAAACCCUUUUUGUGGCCUCUCUGGAGGUGAAGUGCAAAGUGGCAGAGACAGAUGUGUAAUAUCCCUGUCCAUACAUAGAAACUAAUGGGCUAGCCCUUUGGGGCACUAACCAAAUCAAGACCUAUGGGAUUCCUAAUGUCUUUUUCAGCUACAUUAACAGACUGGUAAAUAUAGGGUCAAGGUGGAAAAAAAAAAGGUUGAUGUGGUUUUGAUAUGGCUAGAUUGGGAUGAGAUUGAGGAUGCAGAAAAGCAUGUGCCCACUGAUGCUGCCAGCACUUUAAUGUAUGAAGUAGUUUGAACAAGUAAAUUGAGCACAAAAUUGUAUUUACUUGUCACAGCAAAGUAAGAGUUUAUAGUGGCUUCUCGGAGAGAUGUAAUGGGGCAAUCGUCUGUGGAAGAGUGACCAAGAAGCAUGCUUCAUCUGAACUUUGUUCUAGAAACCAGUUGCUAAAACUGGUUCGCUGUGGUAGUCACACAUGCUGUUCGCUGUGGUAGUCACACAUGCUGUUAUCAGUAAUAGAAAGGUUGGAUCGUUGCUCUUGAGUAUAACAGGUUAUGUGGAGUUAUUGCUAUAUUGACUUGUACUUUAUUUAGCUGAACACUAAGAGAGAACUGUGUAUAACGCACUAGUUGGUGAUUACUGGUCUUCCUUUGUCCUGGAGUACCAGUAUAUAUGAUGAUGAUUAGAACAGAGCUGUUUAGUUUACUUUUUUCACAUAAAUGACUUUAAUCAACUUUGAGUAUCCCUAGAGUUGUAUUUUUUGCAGAAAAUGCUGUUACUUAAAUCCUAAUAUUGGAGAAGAAAGCUCAAUGCUGUCUCGUAAAUGAACUUUUUUUUUUUUUUUUUCUCCUGGAGAUGAGUACAUAAUUUGUGAGGAGGUAGUUAGGACUGGGGUGCUACAUUACCAGACAUUUGCUUUUCCCAUUUAAUUUUGGUGGCUGUGGUAGUUGUGACCUGGAACAUCUGUCUCCAUCUGUCGGAUAUGUGAAUUGCAUAUUUCAGCAUGCCAGCUCCAUAUUUACCUCGACGGCAUGCCAACCUCCACAUAGGGUGAUAAGGAGUUGGAUCUCCCAUCCACUUCUCUCAAAAAUACUGCCCUUAAGGCCCAGGUCUUCAGUGUUGGAGUUGAUCACUGUACGAUUUUGUGGGUAUUUGCUUGGUCAUGUGAUCUAAAAGUGCUUUGUCAUGUGAUCUAAAAGUGCUGUCUGCUUUUGUCCGUUGUCUGAUAAGGGACCCAUGACUCAUACUUGUCUUUAGGUUGUUCCUAGUGUGUGUGUCUUCGUGUUUCUCAUUGCUUCCCUUUUAGUGGUCACUGCAUCUAUACCUGUCCUACUAACUUGAUGCCAGCUUUGUGGACAAUACAUUAUCUAGUAGUACCAUCUCCAGGUCAUUUGUUUAUUAUGGUCUUUGUAAAACUAUACAGCAUUUGUUGAGUUAAGGAAAGUGAUCAAGGGUACGCAAGGGGUGAGAGCAGAUAUGUUGUUUUUCCAAGGGCAGGAAAUGGGAUUUUUUUUAUAUGAAAACAAAAAAGAGGAAACGGUGUUUGCUGUGUUCCAGAUUAAGAACCUAAAAGAACUCCCAGGGUCAGAUUUAGAGGAGCAGCAUAUAGCGGGUUAAUGUGGAGGAGGUUGGAAGGUAAUACACCUUAUAAACGCCUCUGCAAAAAGUGAGCUCUGGACCAAAGUGGCUGAAGAUGAGAUUUUAGUUGUCAAUCAACAUGUUUGAAACAAAGUAUCAUGGCUUCUCAAAAGCAGUGAGAUAGUGAUUUAAAAUUCUAGUAAACAAUGAUGGAGAACAAGCGGGUUCUUAAUGUUACAUGAGAUUGUUAUUGGCAGCGAUGAGGAUAACGGGAGUAGAAACUUAUAACAGGAAAAGCCAUUUCGGAGAAGGUUUUUUUCUGGGGGGGGUAUCUGUGGAGAUUUAGCAUAAUGCACUUGUAUAUUUUAUUAUGAAAUGCUCUUUCUUUGGACGAUAGCUGAGCUUGCUUUUAAUGCAAACUGAUAAUCAGUUUCAUAAUGUAUUUUAGGUGUUUAUAAUUUUUCACACACUGCAUUGACGGCCCUUUUUUUUUUUUACAUUCUGAACCUUAGAUGUUUGAGUCAGAAACAGACGUACAGUGUAAACAGUAAACACCUGGAAGCCUUUGUGGUUGUUGACGUUUUGUCAGCAGGUCUGUGUUGUAUAGAUGCUUGAUGUGUGUUUUAAUGAGCCAAAGAUGGAGUGCUUUGUUAAGGAGAAAUGCUGUCUGUUUUCACAUGGCUGAUUAGAUUAUUAGUUUCCCCUGUCAUGGCCUUUAUUUCCUACUGCAUUAUUUGGUACAGUUUCAGUAGGAUGCACUUUAUGAGGUGGGGGAAUAUAUGCAUACAACUGAUGCUUGUAAGGGACAUUCUGUUCUCUACUAAUUCAAGAAUUGAGAACAUUUAAGUGCUCUUCAGUUAACUUUUGUUUUCUAAACUGCCAAAGAUGUGCAUUUCAUGAAGUUUUUGCUGGUCGAAGAGCUUCUCAUCUUUUCUGUAAGCUGCAGUUUGGCUAGAAUAUCAGCUAGAGAAGAUGUCUGUAUCUUGGGGUUGGGGGUCUGUUAGUUCAUGUGGCCUAACAGUUUUAUAACACAUUCCAUGCUAUGCUGUAUUAGAGUGAUGUACUUGUAAAAUGUUAGUAACUUACUUCUAAGGCCCACAAGAUGAGGGUUAUUUAUUUGAAAAUUAAACCUAACAAAUUGGUCUGAUGAAUGCUGAUUUUUGGAGCGCACAGUAAGGCCUGUUGGCAGACCCUGCCCUUGAGCAUAACUGUGGUACUUUGGCACAGCAGUGCCCAUUUUGGAAGUUCAUUGCUUGUGAGCUUAAAGCACACUUACAAUGGUAAGCUGAACCAGAAAGGACUGGAGUGUGCACAUAUUUUCUGUUAAUGUGUCGGUUUGAUGGAUAAUUUGCUUUUUUUAUUGUUAGUAUAUGCUUAGAGACUCUAUAGUUGUACUGGCCCUGCGAAAGAAGCAAAACAUUGGUUUAAGUUGUUUGAAACAUAGUAUCUGUAAAGCAAGUAUUUGAGCCACAACCUUUUUAUUUAUUUCAUUUGGUAGGUGAUAAUAAAAAUUAAAAAAAAAAACUCCCCAGCAUUAAUGUCAAAUUAGCUGCACAAAGGAGUGAAGUGCCUUCUCUGUUUUCUGAGGGGUAAUGGCUGGUUCAGACAUGGUGCUGAGUCAGUUUUGUAAAACUAUCCAAAUUCCCCUUUACACGUCUGGAAGUGAUAGGCGGGCUGUUAAACACUAUCUUCUUUAUAGGCAGGGAAAGCUAUUUGUCCUGACACUUGAAAGAUUAAUAGAUAUGUUCUCUGUAAGGAGGAACUGUACAUGAGAAUACAGAACAUUCUUUUUCUGAGGAUGGACCAUCAGGAAAGUUUUAUGCAACUCUGCAGGCAGAGUUUGGUUCCUACAGCACUUGUUCCUUCUUUAUCUGCAUCUUCUCGUGAUUUUCUGUAAAAUAUGUAUUAUGUAUAUGUAUAUGGAAGUGUAAAUAUUAGUAGAUGUUUGCUAUUUGUAUUUUUUGAAAACUAAAUAUAUAUAUAUAAAUAUGCAGAGAGGAUAUUUGCUUUGAAAGCAUUGAAGCUCUAAAAAAUUUUGCUGGCAAAAUGAAGACCUGCUAUAAAUGGGUGAAUUUGUUUGUCUAUGUGUAGUAAUUAAUGUGACAAGCUCUGUUUCAUUGCUUAAAACAGUGUUAUUUAGAGGUAGUGGACAUCCAGCUACUGAGACUAGAAUCUUAAUGUAAUUAUUCCAUAGGAAAUUUAAAUGUAUUCCUUAGUCUUCCCUCCCUAUUAGACUAUGUAUUUUUCUUCAUCCUUUUUUUGGAAAAGCAAAGGCAAAUUCUAAAUACAGUUUACUUGUAGAGUUACUGCAGUUAUGGUUCAUAAGCACUGAGACCCCCUGCUGAAUGGACGGCAGUUGAUAAAGUAGUCGUCUCUUCAUUAAGAUUCUUAAUCUCUAGAUGGAUGUUUACUGCCCUUACAAAGUGAAGGGUAUGUCAGCUAACCAGUUUGUGCUUUUCUUUUUUUCUUAACAUGAAUGUAUUUUUUAAUGCCAAAAAGAUGCUGAAUUCUUAGGGAUAGAAUUCACCCUCAUGGUUCCUUCUUAUAUCUGAUUAUAAUUGCUGUUUGGGUUUGGUAGAAAGCGGGCUUUGUACCUGGGUACCAGUGUGAAUGUCUAUGUAUGUACAGAUAUGUAUGUGCAAUAUUUUUGAAAUCUUCUUAAGACAAACUGUGGUGGCACUUGUCAACAAUAAAGCUAGACUGGUUUCAAAUC